UUGAUGGUGAUUGUCUUUGCUCCUGCAGGAAGGGCCGGCACACGGGUGGUGGGAACAAUGCAAGGUGAAGACACGGAGGAAGAUGGGACCCCUGCCCCAGCACGGCCAGGCUCGCACAAGGUCACCACCAAGGCACAGGAGGACUCGGGGGAUAGUGAGAUUGACCUGGAUGAAGAUGACGAUGAGGAGGAUGAUCUGGAAGAUGACAGCAUGGAAAUCUCCCCGAGCAAAUCCCGUCACCGAGCAAGGAAGCCAGAGCCACUGGAGCAAAGUGAUAAUGACUUCUGACUCUUCAGUUGCAUCUUGAAACACAAACUUUGGAGAGAAUGCAGGCCAGGAGCAAAUAUCCUGCCCUCUGAAAAGCACGUGUCAGCAUGAAUUCAGGAGCUGGUAAAUAAUGUUCAUUAAACUUAAAAAUUAAACUUGGAUUGCCAGGCUUGUGACUCUCAAAGCAUGAGCAGUUUAUCCAUCAUGAGAGUCACAGUAAUGUGAUGUUAUUUCCAUAAUUGCACUAAACUGGCUCUCAUGCACUGCAGUGCCAGAAGUCUCACUCCAGUGAGCACUGUGUGCCUCAUUUCCCUGCAUUUUAUUAUGUCCAAACAGACUUUUUUGGCUUAAUAAAACUGGAUGAAAAGCU